ACUCGGCCGACGCGGGUGCAGAACGGAGCGUUUGUUUUCCCUACCUCGUACGAAGGAAUAGAGAUAGAUAUUCUAGAGAGACAAAUAGAUAUUCACGUAAGGGCAGAAGGAAAGAAAGAGAGAGACGAGAACUCGAGUUUCACGGGUCAACGAGAUUAUAAAAAGAAAGAUAAAACCGCGAGAGCGAGAGUAGAAAAAGGCUCAAUCUCAGAGUGCUGCGAAGUAAUAAAACCCAUUGACGAUAAUAUCUAAAGGAAUAGAAAGAAAAAAAUUAUUUUCAAAACAUGCAGUCGCUAAGGUAGUGCGGGCUCUCAUCGAAAGUACGAGAUGUCGUACGAGGGAUUGCCGACUCGUUGAAGUAACUGAGAGAGAGAACGAGGAAUAGAUAAAAAAAAGCAAUAACUCAAAAAGGUGAUAAAAAACGAUAUUCAACGAGAGGUAUUUGGAAGACGAAGACGAGAAAUAGAACGAGCGGGGGAGUGAGACCAGGACGGUCUCCUCCGAGUAAUGGGGAAGGGUUACAAACGAAAAACCCGAUGGAGAACACUCGACAUCGGCGCUCCACCGGGCGAGGAAGACGAGGAGGACGGAAAACGAAAUGGCUACAUAAAAGGGCAGGAAAGUAAAGGGGGCCUGAAAAACGGGCAAGUUGUACACAAAACUGGCCGUACAGACUCAGCGGGAAGUUCAACGAGCGAUUAUGCGAGCGAUUACGCGAGCGCGGUCUCGAAAUCGAGGCGCGACAAGUCACGGGGGGGAACCAUGGCGAGCCAGCCUAAAAUCAGAUUCAACGAAAAUGAGUACACGAGGAUCACGACGCCGCGGCAAGAUGUACUUUUCAAAAAGGGAUACUUCUCGAGCAAAAAAGUAUGGGCGAGCACCGCCAGUAUGAGCGCAACACCCUCCACGACCGAGAGCCAAUCCGCUUCACACUCCACCGCAGAUGGUAGCGAAACGACCGAGGACCAACAACUCCUGGACUGCACCGCCACGGAGUAUCCAACGAUGAUGGACCCCGGUGUCCAAGUUACAUACGGCACUUUUUACGACCACGCCAGCGGUUACUAUUACGAAUAUCCGGUGAUGGUGUUCGGUCCCGAGGGCGCUGUCCCAAACGGGCCUCCGAUGCACGACGUACUGACCGCCGUUCCAUGCGGACCAGUUCCACUCCGUCCAAUAAAAUGGGUCAAUCCUGCAUUCGUUCCAAAAUACGUCAACGAACAGUACGGGGUCGUGGAUUAUCAGGUGAAGUACGGCCGAUCCUACGACUCUGUACACGAUCACUCGUCCGUAUCUUCUUCUACUUCUACUUCUUCUACUACUUCCUUCUCCACGACGUCUACGGCGCAAAUUGGCCAAUAUCCAGCAUUGGUGGACGGGAACGAAGCUCCUCUGGCAGGACAGACCGAGAAUUCGAAUGGCAGCUACGAGGCUUAUCAGGAGAAUGGUACCGGCAGUGCAAGUUGUACGGACAGCGUUGGUGACGAGGAACAACAAACAGGGAACAACGCCGAAACGCAAAACGGAACGACGGAGGCUUCGUUGACCGACGAAACCGAGGAAAUUGCUCAAGCCCCGGUCAAUUCCGAGGCUUAUCUCGAAACCGCAUUGGCACAACAACUCCACGUUACUCAUGCACCCCUCGUUCCACCGCCACCCCCGUUAUACGUAUAUCCCGGUCACUACAUGUUUGGCCCGUCGUUGGUCAACGUCAACGGCGUCACGAUACAGAGUGGUGGACCGAUCGUCCGGAAUCCCGCUAUGAACGGAGCUCCAACGAACAACGGAGCGUGGUCCAAACGGAAAAAGAAGAAAAGCUUCAGUAGAAGAAAAUGGGGACAACUUGUUGGUCCGGAAAUGAUGGGCGAAGAUGUCCGGCCGGAGGGCAUAAACGAGACGGACGGCAUCGGAAACGGAUCGAUGGGUCCAUCGUACGGUGAAUUCGUCGUUGGAACGAGUCACAGUCGAGUGUUGAAUCCGGAGUGUCAAGAAUUCCGGCCUGUUACGGAGCUGCAAACGUCGAUUACGGGUAUCGAAGCUCGGAGCUCGGAUGACGUGGUCGAAAAUGGUGAAGAAACGAGAAAUCGUUCGGAGUUGUCAUCGAGCGUAGAGAACGGAGGGGAAGAUAAGAAAGUUGUUAAAAGCUCGUUGGAAAAAUCAGAAUCGAAUGUGGAUCCGACGACGACGACGACGACGACGAUGCUCGAGGAGAAUACGGAGGCAGAAAGAGACGCGAAAAACGGCGGUACGACCCUCGAGGCUGAGGCGCACCAGGAGUCAGGCGUGUUGAAAAACGGCGAAAAUCUCGUAUCGAGAAAGAGCGAAGAGAAAGAAGGAGCGCCGGUCGAUUUUGCGGCGGAGGUAUUCGCGAACGUUAGUAUAAUGGCGGAACGAGCGUUAGCUCGACACGGCGUGGUCGAGGGAAUGCUGAUGGAAACGGAAAUCGGUUUGGAUGCGACGUCAGUCGAUUUCGAGAAAAUCGUUGAGAAAAUUGAGUCCCGGGUGGACGAUAAUUGCCAAGAGGACAAAGACGUACCGAGAAACGGCCUGAGAUUGGAGAGAUUGAACGAUAACGAAGAGACGGUGCCAAAUGGGGUGGACGGGGAGCGAAUGACGAGCGAGAAAAGCUCUCCGAACGAUUUGUCGACGGACUCUCUGGAGAUGACGACGUUCUCCACUGCGAACGAGAAGCAUAAAACAACGAAAGAAAAGCGUGGCUCAAGAUCGGCGAGUCCCGGUACGAUAAAUCGCACGACAACCCCGAUCAAUGCGAAUUCUCAAAGACUACCAAAGAGCUACGAGUCCUUGGUGACAAGGAGCACGAGCGAUACCUCCUUCUCGUCGAACUCGAGCGUCAACCAGACCCGCAAUCGCAAAUACAGCGCGAAAACACCGAAAUUCGUGAGAGAGCCGACACCCGGUCCUGACCUCGACGAGCUUCAAACGAACUGCGUCCAAGUCGUCGAAGAAAGAAUUGCCAACAACGGCCUCGUCAAAUCCGAGAAUGCCACGAGAAAUUAUCACCGUAGCUUGGAGCACGAUGCAAAUGGACGUGAAGCAAUUGCGACCGGUGAAGAAGCCCUCGAGAACGAACUCCAAAGAUACAGUCUCUCCACCAAUGAAGGUUCUUGCCAUUGGAGAAAAUCUGGAAAUGCCGACGCCUCGAACGACGACUCCGGUAUCGAGAGUCAAAGCAGAUUUUCCUCGUCGGAACAUCCGAUCACCGACGCCGUUACCGAAUGGCUUCAACGCGCCAACUCGCCGGAAAUGUUUGUAACCGGGAUUGGAACAUCGACGAGCGAGCCGGAGGAUGACGAGCUUGAAAACGACGAGCCGCCAAAAAACUUGGAAGGCAACCCCAUGCCUGCACUAUCUGCUAAUAGCGCCAACGCGAACAACCAAAAGUUGUCGCGUUUGGCUAGCUACGGUGAAUUCGCGGAUUUCCUUGACGCUCCUCAAGUAACAACGAGCAGGAGCGACGAAGACGCUAAAGAGAAUCAUGAAAAACCAUCGUUUAACACCACCGAAAAUCUCGACAUUACGAGCAACAACAAAUCCUCCAUUUCCAGAGCAAAGAAACGCAACGACGGCGCAAGAAAAGUUGAAACUCUGAAAAACGCUUCCACCGAAGCGUCUGACGAGGCCGCCGAUGCGCGAGGAAACGUCGAUGUUGACGUCGAAGCUGCGAGACAACGAUUGCUCCAAAUCAGCAGCACUGCCGAGAGUGAUAACGACCGUAUGAUUCACGAAGUGUGCGAAUUGACCGAGAACGAUAGCGUUGCGGGUAUGAGGGUUGCCAAAAGCUCUCGGACGAAGGAGAACAUACCGUCGGUUGCGACGAGUACGAGGAACAACGAAGAGGCGUUUAAUGAGGAGAGUCUCAAGACAAAAACGACUUCGGAUUCGAGCAAUACGAAGAAAAUAACAGGCUCGACCGAGGAAGGAGCGAAGCUUAAAGUCGGAGCAAAAACGAAGAAGCGUUUGAGAAAAAAUAAUAAAAAGAGUAAAAAUACUGUGAUUUCUAGUCGUGACGUGCCGGUAGAAAACGUCGAGAUUAAAUUACGAAGAAUACCGGGGGAGGAUGAGACGACACCCGAGGACGAAGAGAUGAGGAUUCGAACUUUUGAGAAGGGAGAAAUCGUUGUUUCGAACGAAGGUAAAAUACUUCCGGUUGAUAAUUACGAGCCGAUACUCUUCAAAGCAACGGAUUCGAGCACAAGCGAUUGUGGCAUGAUCGAGGAGCCGAUUAAAUUUCGAAAAAUCACGUGCGAAAAGAGUUUGAGAAGUGAGAGAGACGAGGAGGAGAGUACUUCGGAAAAUGCGAGCAAACGAAAUUCCCUCGGGAGUAUCGAAGAGCCGGAUGUGCUCGAGUGUUGGGAAAUCGAAACGGUGGAGCCGAUCGUGACGCCCAAGAGGGUUCAGACCCGUGGCAGAUCGUUCGAGGGCGAAGACGCUGCCGAGGACGAUAACAACAACAACAACAACAACAACAACAACAACAACAUAAGCAACAACAGUAACAACAACAAAAACGAUGGUUCAAGCGGCAUGGAAAUCGUUAGGAGAUAUUAUCGUCUCGAAGCAAUGACAACGAGCAUCGACGAUCUCUGUCUAAGCGAUAAUUCCAAUAAUAACGAUAUCAAGAAGAGUUCUAUCCUCGAUAACAACGAUCGCAUGUUCAGCAGUAUUUCCAGCGACGACGUUCCCGUUAUUGGCGAUAAGAUGAGCAAAAUCGUCGAGUCGAUGCUCGAGAAUUCUGGUCUACCGAUCGAGGAAGCCAUCGAAGCUUACGAAAGUUGUUACGGCAGUGGGGACAAACAACAGCAACAACAACUGCCACGUUACCUCGGCUUCGACCCAAAAUUUCGCAUUCGUCGUCUCUACGGACAAGACCCCGAAAGAGAAGGUGCUGUGCCGUGCAAAGCUGCCUGUUGCAAUAUACAAUAAAAACAUUGCAACCAACAAAACUGCGGUACAUCGACAAAAAGUUCGAGCUAAAACGAAAACACGUUGAAGAAUAAUAUUUUAGGGUAUUUCAUUAACGAAUUGUCCUUCUCCAUCGUACCAUUAUUUCAUUUGUCAUCAUACUCGUAAUAUAACCGUGAAAAUCCAUUAUCACGAGAUCAACGUUACGAACUAGAGAGGAGGAAAGAACCACCGGCAGGACGAACAUACAUGAAAACGAAAAUUCAGCAAGUUUUUUUUUGUCGUUAUCGUUGUACAAAAAAAAUCCCCAAGGCCGUCCCCUUUCGAAAAGCAACGUGCGUCGAGAAUUCGAAACAGAAAUAUAUAAAAAACAAAAAAACGACGUUCAAAUUCACUCACAACACGCGAAUACGAUAACAAACACGCUCAGCAUCCGAAUAUCGGGUACCGACCCCGGAGCUCUCGUUAUCCAAAAGCUCGUCUAAAAAAAAGAACGAAAAAAUCUUGCAAAAACGGAGAAUAGUUUAGAAGAUUCCGGACGAUCGGCGGUGUAGCGAAGCACGACGAGAUGCUGAGUUUCACUAACCGUCGGGUCGUCGGUUAAACGAACAACAUUAAAUACAAAAAUAUCGUUGCUCUCGAAACAGUCGAAAUGUGUAUUUCGAGCUUUUACACAAAAAUCAUAUGCAUAAAUAUCAUACAUAUAUAUACACACAAACACAUUGUUACUCAUCGUUGUAAAUAGCCUUGAAAACGAAGCGCAGGUGAAGGAAAACAAAAUGGAAAAAGGCAGGAAAAAGAAGAGAAGUAAGAAAAAACUAUGAUGUUUUGGAGAAACCUUCAGGAGCCAAAGUGAAGAGACAAACGUCGAGAUUAUCACGUUGCUAUUGUGAUGUUUCUUAUAACAAUUAUUAUUAUUAUCAUUAUGAUUAAUAUUAUUCUUAUUAUUGCUAUUAUUACAAUUAUCAUUAUUAUUACUGUUACAAUUAUCAUUAUGCAAAUUUGCAUAGACAAGAUCGAGUGUGCGAGAGGACCUGGAGAACCUAAGAGGAUAAAAGGGACACGAGGAACUUGGCAAGAUGGAAAUUCAGGGAUGACAAAAUGUUAUGGUUAUUACGAUGGUCGCUAAUGGGGCUUCGUUGAUAGAAACGUGAUUGAGACAUAUUUUUUAUGUGCCCUUUACUUGAACCGUUUGAGAAGAAGAUCGUUGAGAAAAAAAAAUAGAAAAAUAGUAAAAAAAAGAAAAAAAAAAAGAAGAGAAAUAAAGCAAGCAUUAAAUAACUACGAAAAAAAGGUGUGCAGGAGAGGUGGCUAGAAAUGUUAUAAAAAGGUACGCUUUCGAGUUGCGAACGUCUUAAAUGACACGAAGAUAAUAAUCCUUUUCAGCAUUAUCGUUUUGCGGCGCAUCACGUGUGUUAUAGUAAUUGGCCUUUGCUCAGGAAAAAAAAUAAAUAAAUAAAAAAGAGUAUGCACUUCCGGUUGCGAAUAUAUUGUGAGAGUGCGUACGCUGACAUAUAGAUUUACAUGAAAAUAAAUAUACGAACAAAAAAUAUAUAUAUAUCGACAUAUUAUCGAAAAUGUAUCGAAAUAUAUCGAUAUAUUUGUAAUGUAGAAUGUAUUUUAAGUAUUGCAGCGGCAUUGUUUGAACAAAUAGUUGUAACGAUAAUUUGAAUGAGUUAAAGGGGAGAGGGGAGAGGGAAAAGAAACGCGAAGUUGAGGCAAAAUAAACGGAAAUUAAUGACGUUACGACGAAGGUACAGAGAAAAAAAGCUCCUACAAAUGAAUAAGUGGUGCACGAGAUUGCGCGGAGUCGUUGAAAUGAAGUUAAUAGAGCGUACACGAGUUAAUAAUGUACAAUUAAGUGAGAAUUCAAUAAAAAUAAGUAAAAAAAAAGAAAAAAAAAGAAAAAUUCAACUAGAUGCAUGAUCAAGUACACGGAACUCAGAAAUUAAUGAAAUUAAUGAAGUUCAACGUAGAAGCUGACGUAAACGAGUUGCAAAUAAUGUAGUUAUUCUAAAGGAGCAUGUGAAAGAGAGCUGUGGGGGAAAACGAGCUCGCAAGACGAAAAAUCGAUUUAUCGUGAUUGAUCAUCAAUCGUUCGAAUACUUUUCUUUUAAUUGUUUGUGCAUAAAACAAAGAGUUGAUUACUCAUUAUUUCGAGAUAUUUAGUUAACAAUUUUUUUUGAGAAAGGAUAAAUUUAAUGAGCGUUCGAACGAGACUGAUGUCGACGAAAUAAAUCCGUUUUUCUCGACGCGAAGCGACAAGCAGCGAGGUUAAAGUGUCGUGAGCUUGUUCAGCGACGAUCGUUUGCAGCCUGACAGAGCAGGGCCAAGUAGCUUUGAGAAUUGAAAAAAUACAUUUUCAACCGUACGAACGAACCUCGCUCGAUGGCGUUGAUGAAAUUAUCGAGGUUUUAUUGUUUUAUAGACUUGAAACGGAAGCGGAACGAAUGUGAAUUUCUUCGUAAUAACGUAGAACAAGAAAUCAGUGCUGGAAUGAAAAAGAAAAUCUAUCAAAACGUUACGACAGUUAUAAAGAACGAACACCAAAGUUUUUCCGUAGACUAAUGUAGUGUUACGAUUUCCGUGUAUGCUCACAAAAAAACCAACAACCGACACACAACAAGUAGUUAUUCAUUUCAGUAGUUCGUUGCUGAAAAUCGUGGGGGAAAAGUGAAAAAAACACACACACACACACACACACACACGAAAAAAAACAAAAUAUGAUAAGAAUCACCUCAGGUCGCGAGUGAGACGAGAAAUGAGAAGAAAAAAAAGAUGGCACAUCACGUUACCACGAAGUUGUAUAUCCCAUAUCCACGCUAUAAAUACCUCAUUGAAAAGUAAAUAAAAAUACAAAUAACAAGUGAAACGAAAAAAGAAACGAGUAAAAAGUUAUGUAAAUAAAACAGCCGCGAUCAGCAGAACGCUCGGUGGGUGCACGUGAAUUCCGGACGAAAGAAAAAAAUCUUUAUGAAGAAAAAAAACACGAAAAAAGCAGCCAAUUAGUUAUGAGAAUAGAGCGAAGCUUGUCAAAAAAAAAAGAAAUCUCCAAGGCCGAAACGAUCCGAAGUAAGACGAUUGUCACAACAAAAAAUAUUGAAAGAACAAAACAAUGGAAAACACCCACACACACACACACACACACACAAACCAGAAUGUGCCAGGGCCACUAUAAUGCACGAUCAAGAGAUCUUACGAGUUAACCGAACUUCCUCAUGUGUUCAAUCGUAAACAACAAAACAAAAGUAAAAAAAAAAAAAAAAAACAACUACGUCAAAGAUAAAAGACGUACUGAUUUGCAACAAAAAUGUUUAAGGAGCGAAUUAAAUGAAGGGGGAAAAUAAAAAAUAAUGAAAUAAUAAGGAAUGGGGAAGAAAGCACUAAGUUUUAAAAAAACAAAUAUAUUAUGUACUAUAUUAUCGCUAUUACUAAAUGCGCUUUGCAUUAAUGUGUGUGCCUUAUUCUGUGGCGGCCAUUUUCGUAAUCCUUUUCCAAGCGGCGAUCAUCUCUCCUCGUCUCGUUUGACAAAUGAAAGAGAAAAUAAAUAAAUAAAAAAAAAGUGCGAAGGAGAGAAUAAUGAGGAAAGAAAGUGAUGAGCGAAAGAGAAAAUGGAGGCGAAGAAGAGUACUAACACAUUGCGACCACAGGAAGAAGGAUAUGAUGUAUACAUUUGAACAUUGAGCGGAAAAGACAUAAAGUACACUGGCGGGGGACUUUUAUUAAAUAUCUUAUUAUUUCGAUUUUUGUUUGUUUGAAUUUCAUGAUUUUUUUUUCCAUUUUUCUCUUUUUUUUUUUCUCCGCAUUUCGGAAUACCCAAGUCCGAAGAACGAGAUCGAACAUUUUCAUUUAAGGUUAAGCGUACGCUACAAUUCUUAUGUAUAUACAUGUAUAAUCACAUAUACUAAUAAAUAAUAAUAUUCAUAAUCAUAUUUUUAUUUAUUUCAAGUAUAUAUGAGUAUAUAUCUAUACACAUAUUUUCUCUUUAUUUCAACUGAUAUAUCACGAUCAUAUAUAUUUAUGUUCCUACCGUAUAAUUGAAAGCAUUAUACCAAACAUUGUAUUCACGAUCACACAUUUAAACACACUCGUUGUUAUACUUGUUAAUCAAACUUUUAACCAUUUAAAAUGGGGCAAAAGACAAAAAAAACAAUAUGUUAUCACGAAAAAAAAUGAAAAAAAAAAAAAGAAAAGUAAUAAAAUAAUAACAAAUAAGAGAAAUCGAAUAACGAAGAAGACGAAGAAAAAAAAUAAUGAAACACACCGAUACAUCCAACUCGAGUCACGUUACUGUACAAUUAUACUGUUAGUUGUAUUGGUGUAAGAGUAAAUGUACUUCAAUUCUGUCGUGUAAUUGCUUAAAGAAUAAGAAUAAACAUAGGUUCGAUUUGA